GUGAACCUUGCCGAAGCGAAGAGGGUGAAAUUGCUCCCACUGCGCAGUGCUUUCGUUCUUUCGUACCACACGGUCCCCCGUAGUUUUCCGCUGGUGUGAAAAAGCGAACCGCUCUUAUCGCCCGGUUCGCGCUCGCAACGUCGCAAAAAGAAAAGAAAAAAGCGAAAACCCGAACCACCUCGUACACCAGUGCGUCGCGGGAGCGCAAGGAUAUCGCAAAAGCCGCUUGAAUGUUCGACACAAUGAUGCAGCAAGCCGUAUCGAUCAAAGCGGAACCGGACUGGAGUGACCUUCUCGUGCCGGAACCGGACAAUCGCGCACAGUAUGCGCUGGAAAACGUGAUCCGCCAGCAGCAGCAGCAGCACCAGCAGCAGCAACAACAGCUGCUGCAGCAGCAGCAGCAACAACAACAACAGCAUCACCAGCAGCAGCAGCAGCAGCAACAACAACAGCAGCAGCAACAGCAACAACAGCAGCAGCAACAACAGCAACAGCAGCAGCAGCAGUAUCAUUUGCGCAAUGGUGGUGGCGGAAAUAUGCCACAAAACACGGCCAAUCCUGCCGCGCUUGUGAACGGGGUUGCGGCCGGAUCGAGCGUCAGCCAGCAGUCGGGCGGGGCCCCCAGCGAGGACAACGAGCCACUCGACAUCAUCGAGGCCAUCGGCGACUCGGAUGAUAACGAUUUUGCCGAGGCGGAAUCGCUGACGUUGCAGCAGUACAAGAAAGAUGAAAAGCUCUGCGACUACUACCGCCGGAUGCCGGUGCUGUACGACAAGAGCCACCCGCACUACAAGUUCCAGUCGAAGAAGGAGAAGGCCUGGCGUGAGCUGAGCCGCCUGUGCGAGAUGGACGUGGAGCAGUGCAAGAAGCGCAUGACCUACUUCCGGUGCCGGUUCACGGUGGAGCGGCGCAUCAUGAAGAACGGCGUCAACUGCAGCGAGUGGCCCCUGCUCGAGAAGCUCAAGUUUCUCAACAAACACAUCAAAAUCCGGAGACCGCGCGCCCCGAACGGUGAACCGGACGACACGGACGAUGAAACCAAUCCGAUGAACAUCCUGCGAAAGCGCCAGCGUGAACAGCAGGAAGACGCCAAGGACGAUCUGCACGCGUACCUCGAUCUGCAGCAGAUGGCCGUGGCGGCUCAAAACUCGCAGGCUCAGCUCCACUACCAGCAGCACUUGAAGUUGCAAGGCCAUGGUCCCUUUGGAGCGCCACCCGGUGCCGGUUUCCCAGGAGCCCAUGAUCCGAUGUCUCUGCACCACCUGCAGCCACCUCAUCCGCACCCGCGCGAUCAUCAAUUGCCACCGCCACAUGGUGGCCAACCGGGAGCUGGCGGUGGUGGUGCGUCUCAACCCGGUGGUCAACCGCAGGUACCCCAUUCGACUCCCCUCGGAGCCGGUCACCAUCAUCAUCAUCCGUUUGGGCGUGGUGGAAUGCCGGGUGCCGCCGGUGGCCAUCAUCAGCACCAUCAUCCGCAUCAGGCGGGUGCCGUAGCGGCCAAUGCGGCAGCAGCUGCUGUAGCGGCCGCAGCUCUCCAGCAUGGAACCGGAACUGGUGGACCGGUACAUCCGCAUCAUCACCAGCAACCGACGCCGGUUGAGUCGCCAAUCCCGGCGGCCAUGUCUAACGUCGAGGUGUCGUACGGUAUCCCGAAGCGGGCCCGUGUCAGCUACGACGGUGAUGAAGCGUCCUUGUCGAACUUUAACCUCAAUCGCACGGUCAAGUAUCAGAGCAAUCUGGAGCAUCAGGCGCAUCUGGACGAGCACGGUGCGUACGGGCUGUACGUGGGUGAGGUCCUGCGCAAACUCCCCGAGCGGAUAUCCUCGCUCACCUCGCUCAAGAUCAUGCAGUUGCUGUACGACGCGCAGGUGCAGUCCUUCGACGCAACAACAGCCAACACCUCCAAGCCGCAGGUGAAGGGUGCAGUGGACAGCACCGGUGCGACGGUGACCGGUGGAACCGGUGUAACGGUAGCAGGAUCAUCCUCCGGAGGACUAGCGAACGGUGGGGGUGGCAGUACAAGUGUCGCUUCGUCUGAGGGUGGCCGUCAAUCGACGGAGAGCGCAGAAUCGACAAGCAACAAGGACUAGGCCAUAGCCCCCCAUCCGUCCAUUGCCGCCGACGCCAGCGCCACCGUGUCGUGCCCGCCACCACCACCACCCACACCCGCGGUGCACUGGUGGUAGUGCAUACCUUCUCCUGGUAGGGAUCCACCGUUCCCACUCAUCCCCACUCCCAAUUCCCGCCCCC